AUGGGCCGCUCCGGUUUAUUCAAGAUGCAAGCCCUUCUAGCCCUCAUAGGCACUACAUAUCUCCUCUUGAAUGUUGCAUUUGCUGUCUCCCUCCCAGGAGACUCAUCCUAUGUGGCUGCUGCUGGGUUUCCGACCUCUGUAUUCUCAUCCUACUAUAUUUCCCCAGCCCAGCCAACCCAACAACCCCAGCCGAUCAUCUAUGAUCCGGUGUUGGACCUCACCUUCCCUUAUGAGUUGACGGAUCCUGACAAUAUCCCGGACAAUCAGGAUGAGGUCUUCUUCCCCGUGCCCCGAACUCAUAUGUCUGCCAAGAAGAGGUAUAGGCUGGUUCAGGAAGCACUAUUCAAUGUGACCAACAUCAUCAAGUCAAAUAGCUCAGCAGACAACUGUACCAAAUGCAAGAACGUCCUAGCCGCAGCGAAGCCUGCAGCGUUGCAUGGCCCAGCAUUUGUUCCGGAUGCCAUGGUCAGCCUGUGCAAGGCCUUCGGCUUCCAUGCCGAUGAGACGUGCGAGCAAGACUUUGCCACAAACACAUUCGGCGCUAUCUGGACUCAGGUGCUGGCAUACGCUGAUGUAGAAGGGUUGGAUGGUCAAUACAUCUGCCAUUCUCUGAGCAGCAAGUUUUGCAGCGCGCCAACGACCAGCCCGCUUGACACGUCCAAGCUUUUCCCCAAGCCCAAACCUGCAGAUGCCCAAGUCCCCAAGGCAAGUGGGGAGCGGGUCAAGGUACUACAUCUGUCAGACUUCCAUCUGGAUGCUCGCUAUGCUGUCAACUCUGAAGCAAACUGCACGUCUAGCCUCUGCUGUCGGAGUGACAACUCCAAUGACCUUUCCGAAGACAGUCCACUGCUUUCUGCAUCUGCAUAUGGCUCCUUCCAGUGUGACACCCCAUAUGACUUGGGUCUUGCCGCUUUGCAAGCCGUUGGUCCUCUGACUGGCACUGGCAAAGGAAAACACGAUGACCACCUUGCAUGGACGAUCUAUACGGGGGAUCUGGUAUCACAUGAUCCAGCAUCCCAGAUAUCCAAGGCGCUGACUCAGUAUACGGAGACCAGUAUCUAUGGCAUGUUCAAACACUAUCUCUCUGGUCCUGUCUUUGCAGCACUUGGAAAUCAUGAUACCAGUCCUGCAAACAUUGAUUCUCCUCAUAAUCUCCCUGGGCGUCUGGGGGAACAGCAGAGCUGGAAUUAUGAGCACAUGGCUGGACUGUGGCGCCAUGAAGGGUGGAUUAGUCGUAAGACCGCCGAUGAAGCGAAAACGCAUUAUGGCGGUUACUCUGUCAAGACACACUACGGACUGCGCAUCAUUGCAUUCAACACUGACCUUUGGUACCAAUCCAACUUCUUGACUUUCAUCAACAGCACUGACCCCGAUAACUCUGGGAUGUUCUCCUGGGUGAUUGAGGAACUGCAAAAGGCUGAGGAUGCCGGUGAACGUGUCUGGAUCAUUGGCCAUGUCCUUAGUGGCUGGGACGGAACCAAUCCACUCCCCAAUCCGACAGAUCUGUUCUACCAGAUCGUGGACCGCUACUCGCCCCACGUUAUUGCCAACAUCUUCUUCGGACAUACCCACGAGGACCAGUUCAUGGUUUACUAUGCCAACAACGGGACUGUACAGAAUGCAGAGAACGCACUCACUACCGGUUGGAUCAUGCCCAGCAUCACCCCUCUGACCAACCUCAACAGUGGCUUCCGUCUGUACGAAGUCGACACGGGCGACUUCAACAUCUACGAGGCAUACACCUUCUACAGCAAUGUGUCGGAGUACCCGGCUCUGGAGCACAAAGGUCCAACAUUUGAGAUUGAAUAUUCCACCCGCGAUGAAUAUGGACCAGCAGCUGGGUGGGACGAGGAUGCGCCGUUGAACGCAACCUUCUGGCACCGGGUUACCGAGGCCAUGGAGAAGGACCUGGAUCUUGUCAGUCUGCAUAACACUUACCAGGGAAAGCAGAGUGUGAAGAGUCCCAACUGCACUACGGCCGCUUGUCAGAAGGCCAAGGUCUGUUACAUGCGCAGUGGUAGUGCUGCAUUGGGUAGGCAGUGCCUUCAAGGAUACGGAUCCGUCCAGAGCGCCUUUAAGGAAGAUUAA